CGGAGAAACGACACCGUCUGGUUCCCAAGGAACUGCGUAGGCAGUGGAGAAAUUUUGUUUAUAAAUUAGUCGCUGAAAGUGUUGGUGCGAGUUUGGGUUGGAAGAUGGCUUUGGAUGCCGUUGAAUCUCCGUCUUCUCCCUCUCCGUCUCUUUCCAAUUUCAGUCAACAGCGCCAUUUUUAUCUUGCAGUUGAUAGGCUUCAAUUCAAAAUGGUGGCUUUGCCUUCAAACCCUUGCGACUUUGGUGGACUUGCUUGGUAUGGCGGGACGCCGAUCGUGUCUGCCUUUGGUAGUCAGCUGCAGCUCACGUGACGAGCUCGAUGCUGUCUGUUCGGCCGUCUCCAAUCUCCCCUUUAUCUCUCUGACCCCUUUGGUAUUUUCUGUUUUUUUGUACAGUGACCUAGCUGAAAUAGACCGUAGUUUAAUCUUAGAGAAAUUUCGGCAAGCAACAGUGAGAUGGAACCAAAAAGUUAAUGCCCAGUCAGAAGAGGAUGGUGAUGCGGGGGAAGAUGAAACAAAAUCACAAAUGAUAGUUGUAACAGAUGCAUGCCUUCCACUUCUUUCUUCAGGGGAGUCACAUAUUGCUGCCCGUGUUCUAAUAAAUUACGAGCUACCAGCAAAGAAGGAAACGUAUCUGAGGCGCAUGACAACUUGUUUGGCCACAGAUGGCAUUGUAAUCAAUAUGGUUGUUGGAGGGGAGGUGGUAACUCUCAAGAGCAUUGAAGAAAGUAGCAGCCUGGUUAUAGCUGAGAUGCCCAUAGAUAUUUACGAGAUGCUGUGAAGAACUUGAAAAACCUGAAGAUGUUGAGAAGACCAAGACCCGAUCCUCCUCAUACUUGCUUUGAUAAUUGAAGCAGUUCCACCUAAUUUAGAUGCCCACUGAAUAGUUGCAGCAGCAUAAGAUUCAGUUUCUGUCUGACUUGCGCGAGUUUUUGUAAUGGUUAGAUGCAGAUAUUUGUUGUAUUUCUUACUUCAUAAUGCUAGGUAUCCCUUGUGUUUCUGGAAAACCUAUUAUAUAGACGAAAAGAUAAAACUUGUUUAGGAAAGCUUCAUUUUGGUUUAAGGAUUGGUGGGACUUGUACGGCAUGGUUAAUAGAUGAGCUUCAAGUGAAGAAAUUUACAAAUACUGGACGAUAUCAGCAUAUAGCAUAAUAUGGAAAUGUCUCAGGAGGAUCUAAAUCUUAAUUUCUGAUGUAAUUCAUUACAGGAGGAUAACAACUCUAAAACUCGAAUUGUUUCGCAAUAUCCUGGGAACCAAUUCUUGGCAGAAGUCAAAAUGUGCAUGGGGAUAUUUUUAUGCA